UAAAAAUAAACCUAUAACCACUGUAGCUCUUUCUGCAAAAGUCUAUUGCUUCUUUGGUUAACUUGCUUUCAAAAUUUACUUUUAAAUAUAACCUUAACUUAUUUAAAUACUAUCUAUUCAUAAAUUCAAAUCGCAACUAAUACGAACUAAACCACUUAAUAUUUUAAUAUCAAACGAUCGAAGUUGUGAUGGAAAAAGUUGAAGAAAAAUGUGCUGAUGAAUUGAAAAUUGUGAACAGAAGAAGAGAAUAUACUGUUUCUAAAAAGUUAAUUUGUUCAACUGUGCCUUACUUUGAGAAAAUGUUUUGUUGUGAUUUGUUGGAAUCAAAGGAAAACAAAGUGGAACUUGAUUUUGAUGAACAUGUAUUCGAUUCUAUCCUGGAUUGGAUUCAUUCAGAAGCGUUCACCAUUAAAGUGGAUUAUGUCAUCAGUUUUUACGAUGCAGCUGAUUAUUUGAUGAUAAAUGAUCGUUUGUUUGAACCCUGUCUCUCUUAUUUCCAUGAAAAUUUCACCAUUAGACAUCUUCCAUCUGUUUUACUACAGGUCACCAAAGUGUCUAAAUUAUUGAAUUCGGGAUCAAUUGAAAGUUUCAUUUGUCAUCACUUCUUGAAGAUCGCCAAUACCGACGCUUACUUGGAUUAUCCCGUCGAGUCAGUUGAAGCUAUUCUCACAUUAGAUUUAAUGGUUUAUUCUGAGUAUCAAAUUUUUGAGUCAAUUAUAAAAUGGAUAAAUGGAAAGGUCGAUUCAAGAAAAAAAUAUAUCCUAAAGUUAAUGGAUUGUGUUCGUUGGUUCAACAUGGAUCGUGAUGAUAGAAAGAAAAUGUUGGAUAAUGAAUUAAUCAAGACUCGGUCAAAUUUUGAUCUGUACUCCUUAGCCAAAGAUAGCGAUAGAUUCAAUCGCAGUAAACAAAGCUUUUUUAUCUCUAUUCAUCAGAAGGCUGAUGCGACUUUAGCAUUAAAAGCGUUUGAUAAUGAAAUGUUUUGUUUUACGAUCGGUGAUUUCAGUCAAGACGAUUCAAUGUCACUUGAAUUUGUUCAUGGAGAACACACUUCAGAUAUUUUAUUUGAUUCUGGAGCCAAAGGUAUUCGAAUUGAUUGGGUUAAAAAGACAUUUCGAUGGCUCGACUUUAAGGUUGCUGGUAAUACUUACUACAGUAAAUUGGCGAAAUUCAUAGUAAAGUUUCCAUGUAGUCCAAGUGAUAUUGAUUGUUAUUUGGAAGACAAAGACGCGAAAUUUUCAAUUCCAAUUGCCCCACACGAACGCUUACUCCUUGAAUCUAAUGGAAAAUUCAUUUUAAUUGGGAAAACUAGAGACGAGAAGAAGUGGUUUGGUAUUUUCCCAGUUAAAUGUUCAAGUUGGUUCAACAAUUAUAGCGAUCAUGAACACUCUUUCAAAGCCACUGUUUUGGACGAUGUUGUUUAUAUAUUGACAAAGGAUCUUGAAUUUAUUCAAUUCAAUUACAAAACUCGAUCCUUUGAUAAGAGUAAACCAUUCAAAGACGAAAAAUUGGAUUUCAAUGAUUCAAUCUUAACUUCUCAUCAAACAGGAGAUAGUAAAAUAUUUUUGGUUAAUAAAUCAUCUGGAAAAAUUCAUACUUUCUGUAAUGAACAGAAAGAAUGGUCUGAAUCGUAUCGUUUCAUGAAUGUUAAUCUUAGCUCAAACAGUUCCAAUAUUUCUAAGUUAAUCACCUUCACUUCAGCAUUCUUACCUAUCAAAAAUAUCACACCUUUAUAUAAGCAAGCCCUUCUUCUUUAACUGCAAUACUUUUCAAUACUAUGUGUAAAUGUCAUUCACAUUGCCUUCACUCGAUUAAAGGAGAGUAAAAUCUAUCCCCUUUUCAAUUCUAUUGAAACUGUAGAUAGAAUGUCUUACAACU